AUGACAGCUGGAAUCAUCGAUUCGCUGAACGACAUAAAUUACACCGGUGAACUAAACAACGAAAACAAUCUUGAAGAUGCUUUAAAAGCAAAUUUAAGAUCUGAACAGUUUCUUCCUUAUGGAAAAUUAAUCUCAUGGUUAACCCAAGAGUUAAACGGAGCCUAUUCUAUAGAUGAAUGUGUUCAAGAUGUUAAUUCAAUUAAUGAUAUUAAUAAUUUUCUACUCGAAUUGGGCGGAUUUCUUCGGGAUUAUGGUUGUCCGUAUCGGAAUCUUGUUGACAACGAAAACAGAUUGAAUGAUCGUCAGUCACGUUUGCAACUCUUAGAUUUUCUUUGUACAGAAGUUCAAGCGGCUCGAAUGAACAAAUCCGCAAGACGAGAAAUCGUCGCUAAUGGAACAUCCGACCAUUCACAGAAUAAAAAGCAAUAUGAAAGUGAUGAAGCUCGAGAUCUGAAAGCUUUGCUCGUCGCACUAGGAUUUCCUCGACCACCUGAUAACAUCACCGCAGGAGAAAUUUGUACGAAAGUCUAUGCAAAAGUUAGUGAAUUGCUAAAAACAGUGUCACCAAAGUAUCUCGGUCGACCAUUGAUACAAACAAAUAUGUCAGAAAAUCAAUGGAAUCAAAUUCAUAAGAUUAAUAAGAUCCUUUAUGAAGACUAUAAGACUCGACGAGAGCUGCUAUUGAAACGACUCGAUGUGACUAUUCAAUCGUUCAAAUGGGCAGAACGAUUGAAAGAUAAAACUGAUGAGAUCUCCAAUGCAUUCAUGACUAAGCGUCGAGAAUUGACAGCUGAACCUAAUGUAAGAAUAGAAGAUAUCAUGGCUGCUCGAGAUGAUUUAUGUCAUAUGGAGAAAACAUGUGGUACGAAAGAAAUAUCAUCGACACGAUCGAAAUUACAUAAAGUUCUCAUACCAAAAGUGCCUGAUCGUGGUGGACGAACUACAGAACUUCAAGCGCCACCACCUGAUAUGCCUUCGUUUCAACGUGGCGGAUCAGCAGGUGGUAAUCGUCAUGGUGGCGGCGGUCAUCAACAACAACAUCACCACCAUCAGGAACAACGGAAUCAAUCGAAUGGUUGUCAUCGAGGAGGAGGUGCUGGAUGGUCAGCACGUGGUGGAUAUGGCGAUAGACCUCAUUCGGGUGGCUAUCAUCAACAGCAACAGCAACAGUAUGCGAUGAUGGAUCCGGGAAUGAUGAUGCAAUAUCCUCAGAUGGGGUAUCAAGGUCAACAGCAAAUUGUAAAUGAAUACGCUGCCAUGGAUAAUGGAGGAGAUUAUGGUGGUGGUGGACGAGGGCGAGGACGAGGACGUGGCGGUCGGGGACGAGGUGGCCGACGACCUUAUUAA